GCCAUCAAAUUCAGCGAUCGUAUUGAUCUUAUGGAGGGCGCUCUUGUCAGGAAUCCAGAACAACGCGGUAAUUUGUUUUCGUCACAGAUCACACUUGACGGUUACGUGAACUUUUUGAAGAAUGCCGUUGAGUCAAACAAAACGCUUUUUAUGAUCAGUACGGAUCCACGUGACGAGUUGCCAUCCAAGAAACUCGUUGGUAUGUUGCCACGGUGGUCGCAUGCGUGUCAACAAUCAGCAUUCCCGGGACUCGUGAGAGAUUAUGAAGUGAAUUCGCACAAAUUGGCUGUUGAAGGUGUCAUACCCAGGCCGUUGCCCCUCAAUUUUGCUUCACUGGAUCCCGUCGCUUUAGAAGCAUUGCGGCAGGCUCACUCACAUGGUCACUCUCACAACAAUGCUCAUGCUCAUAGUCAUGGACAUUCACAUGAUGGUAUGGAAUAUGCUCACGCAUUUGAAAAUCAUCAACAAAAUCAAGCACUGCCACCACCACCACCACCCACUGUAAGCGGUUCAUUAGAUUUCUUUCAUUUUGCAAACAAGGCUCAAGUACCACCGUCACAAACACAGCAAAUAAGAAAUAAUCCACCUCCUGACAUUACCACCUCAUCGCAGCCGUUAUCAAAUGACGCCGCAAAAGUGCCAACACAGCCGGCACCUGCACCUCAACUACCCAAACCAGUGGCACAACCUCAAGCAACGAAUAGUCAACCUCAAGCUGGUGUAGCUGCAGCACUUCCAACCACGGCAAAGACGCUCCAAGCAGUACCGUCAGAAGCUGGAGCGAUGCCUGGCGAUACACCUCAAAUGGCCAGUGGUCAACAACUUCCUGCAGAUAACUCUCAGCAUACUGGUGCUAGACCAGCGCUCAGAAACGUUCAACAACCAGCGGGAGCUCAAAGAGUUCCCCAGGGCAACCCACCAUCAUCGGGUGGUCAGUCGGUAUCCGGUGGUGUUCCUCAACCAGCGAGAGGUCAACCGCUGCCUGGAGAUAACCUUCAGCCAUCUGGUGGCCAACCGGUACCCGAAGGAACUUUCCAGGCAACAAAUGUGCAGCCAAUCACGCCAGAUUCACCUAAAACAGUCAUUGAGCAACCUGUGCCCGGAGCUGCCUCUCAACCAGCAAGCGUUCCACAGCCAGUAAAUCCUGAAGUAAAGCCAAUGGGUGCUCAGCCAUUGCCGGGCAGUAUUAACCAACGGGCGGGCGGUAGCGAUCAGCAAGUGCCCAACAAAGUAGAUAAUCAGUCGACAGGUCAACAAGGUCAAACGGUCACUCAUAAUGCUAAUCAGCAAACUAGCGGACAGUCGCUUCCUGCAAACUCGCAUCAAACAAUCGGUGGAGCUAACAUUGAUGGAGGUCAGUCUACGAAUGGUGAAUCUGUUCAAGUGUCAGCCAGUGGAAAUGUUAAGAAUGUAAUCGAUGGAAAGGAGGAUCCCCAGUUAACAGCGUCCAACAGCGCGCAAAACGUUAACCGAGUAUGUUUUGGAAGUUAUAUUAUCGCUUGCUUGCUCCACUCAAGCUCGGUUCGAAACAUCCAAAUACUUUCAUAUCAUGAUGAGCGUGGCACCGAGUUUCACAAGCCGCUAAAUGCUUUCGCAAUCCACUUACAUUCGUUGAUAGGUCCAAUUAGGUUCGAAGAAGAAUCAUAA